AUGGCAGACUCAUGCAGCACUUCCUGUGAUCCCAGGACAGAAAUGAACAUCCAGGAAAUCAACCAGGAAUUGUGCUCCCAGCUGGCAAAGUGCAAACAGGAUUUCAGAGACCUCUGGGAGAAAUUCCUUCUAUCCCAAGCUACUUCCUACUCCCUGGCCAAUCAACUACAGAAAUAUAAGGCCAAAGAGCAUAAGGACAUCCUGGAGUCUGUGCUGGGGGAGAAGCUGCAGUUUGAGGAGGAGGAGCUGGCAGAGAAGCCCGGAGCAGCUGCAGGGCUCGGGAAAUACACUUCCCCAAUUCCCGAUCAAAUGCAGGAGCUUGUCCUGCUGAAGCAGAAAAUACAAAAAGUCAUGCAGAUGAGGAAGGUGAAGAAGAGGAAGAACGACUGGCUCCCAGAAAAACCUGAUAGGAAGGAGGAAGAAGGACAAGAGCCAAUGUCCUCCAGGAGAUGUUCCCUCGCCUUUAGGAACUCUCCACUAACCUUCCAGAGGACUAGCUGGGAUGCUGUACUGUUCUGUGCCCUCACUCUUUGUUUAAUUCUCUAUCCUCCAUACCCCUCUACACUCACCAUGGAGGUGCAAAAGCAGGAGGAAAUGAAUGAGGUACAUCCGGACACAGUGGAUGAAGGCUCCUUGCCUCCCUUCGGUUGCCAUGAACUAUCUGACUACCAGGAGCCUCCCAGUAACAUGGCUCUCGUGUCUGAUGAGCCGGAAUUCUGCUCUCCUCUGCAUGAGGCCAGUGAGUAUUCCUAUCAUAGAGAGCAAAUCUGCUGCUGGCCUCCUGGAAAAUCAAAAGGAACACCGGAAUAUAGAAAGAAAAAGGCCAGUGACCCUGACCUCAGUCAGCACCUUGAGGACCUCUUCAAUCACAAGGACUCCGACAACUUCAAGACACAGCGCUUUUCAGAGCAACUGGUUGAGGCGCGCAGACUGGCAGCGCAUGUUUACAGCAAGUUCAGCACAGCAGAAAAUCAUGAAUUUAAGAAGUAUGAAGAUAUACAAGGACUCCCUGUUCCCAGGAGAGAGUUAACAUGGUUAAGGCAGAAAGUGGAGGAAGGGAGGCAGGCAUCCUUCCUACUCAACCAGCACUUCAAGGACCUCGUCACUCACAAUGACCCUGACAAGUACCAGACACAGAGCUUCCUGGAGCAACUGGUAGAGGGAUGUCAGAUGGUAAAGUGCCUCGCAUAUAAACGCAAGACAGAAAACUAUGAAGAUGAGGAGGAUGAAGAAGAAGAAUCACUGGAUCCCAGGCUCAGCAGCGAACUGGAGAAGGACACAAUGGAGGAAGUCCUGCAGGACACAGUGGAUGAACAUUAUUUGAGUCCUUCCAAUCACAGAGACCUGACUGAUUCCCAACAGCCUCCUGCAGCACCUCCACUCAGUUUCAUGAACAUGGAGUCUUCUGUGUUCUGGAUGUACCCAAGUCCCAGGGAGGCCUCUAACUUGGCUCUGUGGAGGCCCUUGCAAAGCUGCAGAGCUCUGUCUCAGAAUCACCCACAGGCAGGCCUGGGGCUCCCCCAAGGACUGUGGGAAAUUCUCAGGCACCCGUCUCAGAAGGGAGCUCCCAGCUGGGAUACCUGUCACCCAGGCCCUAUGAUUGGAGCCUGGAGUGACUACAUGUCAGAUGUGCAAGCUUUGCAACUGCAGCUGAUGCCAAGCCCCCUUGUGAACAACUGGCUCCAACUGCAGCUGGAUCACCAGUGGAUUAGUGGUGAUUACACACCUAGGUUCAGUCCUUUCUCCAACAUCUGGAGCUUCACAGCCAAUGUCGACUCUGGAAACCAAUGGCCACCUUUUCAAGGAAUGAAAACCUCUCUGAAGGUGGAGUGUGAUUCUCUUGACAGCUCAGCAGCCAACAAUCAUGGGUGUCAAAUCACUGGCCAUGAUAAUACCACCUCUGACUUCAAACAGAAGAUCAUGAGAAGAAAGUUGCGUUUCCACAAGUGGAAAUUAGUGUGCAGAUUCCCAGGCCUUCAUAUUCAGGCAUAG